GGGUUUGGGUACGUGCCCGUGUGGAUUUUCUCAGGGUCGACAGGAUAAUUCAUUCUCUAAUGGAAAUGAUGGUAAUGAUGAAGUUGCCGACAACUACGAUGGUGAUGAGUUGGAUACAAUCUACUACGAACAAUCAAUAGUAGACAAGGUCGUAGCUUCACCAUUCAGACAUCGUUUCCUAAUCCUUACGGAGCCGGACAAAGAUGCUCGUAUCGUUCAGAUCACACACUUGUGUAUGGUUACGACCAGUCUAUAUGGAGAAGCAGCUUCAUGGAGCGUCAUCAGUUUUUUGGACGCAUUGGUGGUGGAGGUGGUGGUGGUGGUUCUUUGAUUGGAGGAGAUAUAUUCUAUGGAUUUAUGAUGAUAUCUUCCCUCGCUACUAUUGUUGUGCACUAUCACGUGACCCAUAUUUCUGUGAUUUGUACGCUGAGAAGCGCCCUCCCGGUGAUUGCGGCGGCUACAUUCCUCCAAUAUGGGGAUGGAUGAUUGGAGAUCCUCAUUUUACGACUCUAGAUGGCGUUUCAUACACGUUCAAUGGUUUUGGGGAAUAUACAUUGGCUACAGUUGAUAAUGGUUUCUUCAGACUUCAAGGUAGGACAGCUAAAGCCUUGGACGAGGAUGGAAAUCCUGUAGAUCAUGCUACAGUUUUUAUAGCAUUCGCUGCCAAAGAAUCCUCUUCAUCCACGCAAGCACGAACUAACUGUGGGGAUAACCAAGAAUGCCUUUUUGACACGUUAGCAACUGGAAGAGAAGAUAUUGGUAUUCUUACUAAAAACACAACUACACAGAUAGGCAGUCAAGUCAGUGAUUUAGCAAACUUCCCACCAAAUAUCACGGGUGAAGGUCUAAUAGAAGCAGAAGUUGGUAAACAAAUCAUAGUGGAGCUCAAUGCAACAGAUCCCAAUGGUGAUGACGUUGUCUAUGACUUAUUAGAAACCAUACCCGGUGGUCAAAUCUACCAAAAUGGAAGUUUUGUCUGGACGCCAGAGAAUACUGUCAAGGUGAAUUUAUCAUUCAUUGCAUCAGAUGGAUCAGCAAGUUCAGCUUUAAAUCCUAUAGUUAAACUAUGUGAAUGUAAAAAUAAUGGCACGUGUAAUUAUAAUACAACAGUUCAAGGUUCUGAUAUUAAUAAUGACAAGUUUGCGAUGUUAAACAAGCUUUCUCUUUUUGAAGAUUUUGACGAAUGUUCGGAAGGCCAUGCUGACGACAAUUCAGCUACGUUCUGUGAACAAGGAUGUGAAAAUACACUGUUGAGUUACCUAUGUCGAUGUUAUGAGGGGUAUCGUUUAAAUGAAGACAAGAAAUCAUGUGACGGUGAGUUCAACAAAUAA